UUCCACACCACUUGCCGCACUAGUAGGUUCCUCGUUCCCCCAGACAGCUUGCGUUGUUGAGCUUUGCUCAGGCUGAAUAGUAGAAGCCGCCCCUGCGCAGUCCCGCUAAUUGUCUGCCUCAAGAACCCUCCAAACACUACUUUUAUACAGUAAGCUAUUUUGGAAGUCAGGAUCUCGAGUGUUGGAAACAGCCCCAUCAUCCGCGUCUUCUAGCUCGAUGAUAUUUAGAGCCACAGCACUUUCCCGCUGCAAAGAAUUAACGCCAUUUUUCAUUAACGAAAGAGGCUUUUUAUUUUUCCCCACAAAAGCUCUACGUCCAGUAGAAUGCGACGCUCUAGUAGCCCAUCGCAGCUUAUGGCUUCCUCGCGCGUUUCGCUGCUGCAGCUGCUGCCACUGCUGCUGCCGCUAUUUCUCCUGCUAGCGGGUUCGGCGGAAGGCGGCAGUUUUUCGAAUCAGGUGUCGAAGCAGGUCCGCGAUUUUUUCAACCAGAUCUCGAAAGUGUGGAACCAAGGCGGCAACGCGGCGUCUCUGUUCGUCUGCCUCAACUCCACGCUGCCCGGCUACAUAUCAUCCUACAAGCUUUCUGACGGCCUCACCAUCCACUGGGUUCCCGCCAAAAACACGUCGGAGCUCCAAAUCGCCGUCGAAGCGCGACGGCUCGCCGUCGCAGACUCCUCCUCCUCCUCGCCGGACAAUCAGACGACGUCGCAGGCGCUCCCCGGAAAGGGCUGGUUCGCCGUGGGGUGGUCGCAGACGGGAGCGAUGUAUCCUGGCGACGCGGUGGUUGGUAACCAGCAGCGCACGCUAGUCGCCGGGUAUAGCAUGACCGGGCACGAGGCGAGCGCGGUUCGGCGGACGAACGACAUGCAGCUGGGGAAGACGAGCCUGUCGCGCAGCGGGAGCUCCGUUAUAAUGAAGUUCUCUCGUUUUGAGGACAACGCUGGAGUCGUGCCCUUCAGUAUAAGGGGCUACGGUAUAAUCACAUGGGCAUAUGCAGCGGACGGCACCAAAGUCCUCGGCUCACACGACAGCAACAGGGGAUUCGCAGAGGUGGACUUCUCCUGUGACGCUGCUGCUCCCCCGCCUCCUCCCCGCCCCUCCUCCUCGUCGCCCGGCCAGAACUGCAAGAAGUCUGCACUAGACGGAUACCAGUACCAAGCGAGUCUCCAGGGCAGCAGCCUUCUGCUGCACUGGAAGGCAGCUGUUGGGAAGGAAGUGGAGAUGGCAGUAGAGGCGAAGGCAGGGAGUGCAGCGAGCGACGGGUGGAUGUCCCUAGCUUGGAGCAGCUCUAGCGGCCGCAUGGUGCCUUCUGAUGCUGUUGCCGGGAACCUUCCCAACGGGGAGAUAUACGCUUACAAGGUGUCGGGGUACUCGACUGGGUCGGUGAAGCGAGGCGGGUUUGAGAUCGGGAGCCAAGCGAGCACCAAGACAGAAGGAGGGUCGAUCGUCAUGAGAUUCACUCGCACAGACAACACUGGAUGGUCCAACCAGUUCAGGCUCUCUGGCAAGAACAGCCUCAUCUGGGCUUACUCCUCCUCAGGAUCCAACACACUGGGGUCACACGGAGGCAACUAUGGCCGUCUCUCUGUUGACUUCUCCUGCCGCACCGCACCUGCUGCGGGCCGCUCCAACUUCUGGUGGUGGCCCAGACGGUUCGGGAGAGGAGGGGGGGGUGGUGGUGGGGAUGAUGAUUAGAGGAAGUCAGGUGACUUGCAGGUGAAGUGAGAUGACUUGCCAACUGACUCAAAGGGCACCGCCCGCUACACCCCGCUCCAGCUUCUGGUGGGCCAGACGGUCUGGUGGGAGGAGAGAGGAGAGGGACGGAGAGUAGGAGUGAGGAGGAAGGUGGAGGGAGGGGGGGGUUUCAACUGACUCAAGUUGCACCCCACCCCAACUCCUGGUGGUGGCUGAAGCAGUUUGGGGGAGGAGGAUGGGGGAUGAUUGGAGGCCGUCGAAGGUUGAAGGAGAGAAGGGGGGUUGACUUAGGUUGACUAGGAGAGUUGGUUCCUGGCCAACAAAUAGCAGCGCCUGUAUAGGAGGAGUAACUAGUUUUCGUUCUUUCUUUCCAGCAUGAUACACAGCU